UCCUGAUAGGUGCCAUAAUGCGUUUUUCCUAGGCUAGGAAGCACCGAGUCCUAGUGGUCAAGGGAGCCAUGGAGGAGAGAGCUGGUCAGCAAGAGCAAGAAAGACCCAGCCUUCGUCUGGAAAGGCUACAGCACUGGGCGAGGCAUAGGCAGAGUGGGCACCUCUUGGUGCUGGCGGUGAGCCAGCUAUGGCUGGCAGUGGCUGUGGUGCCCUUUGCUAUCUCAGUUGCCUGCCUGAACUCUGCAUGUCACGUGGCCACAGCACUGCCACUUGGACCUGGACUAUUUGGUCUCCUCACUGGGAUUGUUACCCUUGAGCUGCGCAGAGCACCCCGUCUCUGGAAGGUGCAGGCCAUGAUGAUAUUCAACACCUUCAAUCUGAUCUUGGGCUUCAUUGCACUGGUGGUUGAGGUGCUGAAGACAGCCUUGAUGUCCUCCCCAGCUGUCCCCUCCCAGCUAGCCGGCUUGCUGGUGAUGGAGCUCAGCGCUGAGGCGUUCACCCUAGGCGGAGUGCUGGUCUCAGCAUACUCCCUAUUCCUGCUGAGCCAGAGGAAGCCAGGAUGCUUCAGGAGCCAGAGUCUGCACUACCAGGAGCUGCAGGAGGGUCUCUCGGAGUUGGAAGAAGUUCCUGAUUUAGAGAAUGGUCCCACGGCAGUUAGCACAGCAGACAGAACAAAUGAGUGAGCUGGCAAGGAGAAGCAGACAGGUGCUGCUCUCCUACCCGACGGGCGCCGUCUCCAGACCCUCCUGCACCCUAUCCCACCGAACUUAAAACUAGAUGGAGUCCCUUGA